AUGGCUUCAGCCGGCCUCGCUCUCAGGGCAGCCGCCGUCGCCGCCAUGGUUGCCAUGCUGGUCCUACCUUCGUCCGGCCGCUGUCCGUCGCUGGGGCCGGCACCGCCACCACCGUCGCCGCCGGCACAGGCGCCACCGCCACCCGAACCGAUACCACCGGUGCCAGCGCCGGCGCCGGCACCGCGGGUAUCAUGCGGGGACUGUUACUCGGUCGGGAGCCAGGCGUGCUAUUCGUUGUGCAUAGCCCCCCUCUCCGAGAUAUGCGGUUGCCUUUCGGUUCAAGGUCGCUGCGACAAGUGCAAGACUGACAUGUGCACGGCCAACUGCACCGACGGCGGCUGCGACUGCAGCGGCGCCGCGGCCGACAAGGCAUGCGCCGACACUUGUUCCUACAAUGAUUGCAGCUGGUGCGUGCGCGGGCAUCAGCAGGGUUGCCUGACCACCUGCAGGAGCGAGUGCAUGAGCAAGUGCAAUGGGCCGUAG